AUGGUGUCUAGAAGUGGAAGGAUACGCAAACUGUUGUCAGAAGCGAAGGAUUCGAAGGUUUCUCGAGUGAAUCUGUCAGCUGUACCAGGUGGAGCAGAGGCAUUCGAGACAGCUGCAAAGUUCUGUUAUGGAGUGCACAUCGAGAUCACCCUGUCAAACGUUGCCAUGCUGCACUGUGCAGCCCAUUCCCUAGAAAUGACUGAAGAGUUUGCCGAGAAGAACCUGGAGAUGAGAACUGAAGCAUACUUGAAGGAGAAUGUGCUCCCAAGCAUAUCAAACUCGAUAUCUGUUCUGCAACACUGCGAAUCGCUCCUACCCGUUGCAGAGAACAUCAAUCUGGUGAGCCGGAUCAUCAACGCCAUCGCGAAUAACGCGUGCAAGGAGCAGCUCACAUCUGGGUUGUCCAAGCUAGAGCAUAGCUUUGCUUUGAAACCGGUGGAGAGCAUGGAGGCAGAGCUGCCGUCAGACUGGUGGGGAAAAUCGCUCGCUUUGCUUGGUCUCAGCUUCUUCCAGCGCGUCGUGUCUGCUGUGAAGACGAAGGGUCUGAAACAGGAUAUGAUCAGUCAAAUCUUGAUAAAUUACGCGCAUAAUUCUCUUCAGGGCCUUCCUCUCCGGGACCCUCAAUUGGUUAAGGGAAGCUUGUUGGACAUGGAAGUUCAGAAGAAACAGAGGGCUAUCAUCGAAGCCAUAGUCAGUUUGCUGCCAACACAGUCGAGGAAGAGUGCCGUCCCAAUGGCAUUUCUCUCGAGCUUGUUGAAAUCUGCAAUGGCAGCAUCGGCAUCUAUUUCUUGCAAAUCGGAUUUGGAGAGGAGGAUUGGGUUGCAGCUGGACCAGGCCAUUCUCGAAGACAUACUAAUUCCUGUGAAUUCAAAUGGAAACAGCCACAGCCACAGCCACAGCCUCAGCCUCAUGUAUGAUACAGAUUUGAUUCUGAGGAUCUUUUCCAUUUUCUUGAACUUGGACGAGGACGAUGACGAUGAGGACAGUCAGUUGAGAGAAACAGAGAUGGCGUAUGACUUUGACAGCCCGGGAUCUCCUAAACAGAGCUCCAUCCUUAAAGUAUCGAAGCUACUGGACAAUUACCUUGCAGAGAUUGCCCUCGAUCACAGCAUGGCGCCAUCAAAGUUCAUAGCUCUGGCAGAGUUGCUCCCGGAUCAUGCUCGCAUAACCAGUGAUGGAUUAUACAGGCAGUGGAUAUCUUUCUCAAGGCCCUUUAACACCAUGCUCUGCUUCAACCAACAGGUCCAUCCAAAUAUGAAGGACUCCGAGCGCAACAGACUCUGCAAAACGAUCGACUGUCAGAAGCUAUCGCAAGAAGCCUGCAGUCACGCAGCCCAGAACGAAAGGUUACCCGUGCAGAUGGCUGUGCAAGUGCUCUACUUCGAGCAAAUCAGGCUUCGCAAUGCAAUGAACGGCGGCCACAACCACUUAUUCUUUGGCUCCAUGCACGGCGGCCAGUUCCCUCAACGCUCAGGGAGCGGGGCAGGGAGCGGGUGCAUCUCGCCGAGGGACAACUAUGCGUCGGUGCGGAGGGAGAACAGAGAGCUGAAACUUGAAGUUGCGAGAAUGAGGAUGAGGCUGACUGACCUGGAGAAGGACCAUGUGUCCAUGAAACAGGAGCUUGUAAGGUCACAUCCUGCCAAUAAGUUGCUCAGGUCAUUCACCCGGAAGUGGAGCAAGUUCAAUGCCCUGUUUCGGGUUAAGCCAACCGGUGGGAAGGCUAAUUCAGAGACUCCAUCCAUGUUCCAGAAGAGAAGGCAUUACUCUAUAUCAUGA